AUGACAGACAAGACCUCGAGCACCGUGCGUGUAUGUCUGACCCGCUGUCCACUGCCACCGACCGAAGCGCGAGUGCAUUCGUUGCCAUGUCGUAUCCACUUUAAUGGAUCAGCAGCUGUCAACCGUUUUUUUCGACCGCAGAGCAGUGAUCGCAACAGCAAUAGCAUCGAUCAUGGCGGAUCGAAUGCGGAGGAACAGGACGUUCAAGUGCAAAAGGACGGCAAAGACAGUGAUAAUCGGAUGCAUGCAGAGCUCCGUGGCAUUCAAUUGCAGGGUGAAACGUUGCGCUUGGGACCCAUGAGCUUCACGGGCCUCGUCUUGGAAGACAGUGGUAUGCACCACUCGGAUGAUGACGGUCGCAUUUGGGAGGUUGCCGAUCAUUUCAAUGAGCUCACGUGGUGGGACGUGCCGAAUCAUACGACAAGUGAGAUGCAACAACUGCCCUUGGUGUUGCAGCAAUGGCACGACCUUUCGUCUGCAGUAAGUGGGCUACCAGCAAAUUAA